AUGAGACUCGGAGAGGACUUCCCUUUCUCAGCUGGCAGUGAGGAGGAGGAGGAGGAGGAGGAGGAGGAGGAGGAGGAGGAGGAUCUGACUCUGUCGGAUGGAUCAAGGCCUCUUCCAGGCAGAACAGAUACAACAAGUGCGCUUGAGGAAUCUCCCCCGGUCUGGGGUACCCGGUUGAGGUCCACGGACCACCAGGAGGACCUCCCGAGGCUCGGUCGUUGCCGCUGGUUCUUCCUCGAGCCGGACUUUUACGAUUUUCUUGACUAUCUUCACGCCCAUCGCGCUUAG